UUAAAUGAAUUAUCAGAAUUAAAACAAUUUUUAUAAUCUAUGCAUUUAAGUUUUAAUGUAGAUUAAUACUUAACAAAUACAAUAGAAUAGAUAAAUAAUGAUUAAUAGAAAUAAGGUAUUUAUUAGAAAUAUAAAAUUCAUAAUUUAAUUGCUCUCAAACUAUGGACAAGCAAUCUAUUAUAUAGAUAAUUAAAUUGUGAUUUAAGAAAUAAUUCUUAUCAAUAAUGGAAAAAAUAUCUGAAGUGUUUAAUUGAAGGUAUAAAAUCAUCUUAGUACUAUAGAGGAAAGGGUUUUAGAGGAAUAAAAAAUUUUUUAAGAUGCUAAAACAUACGAAAGAGAUAAAACCAUUCAAUGGAGAGAUAUACAAGCAAUUUCAUUAAAAGAAAAAGUUGGCUAGAGUUUUAGUAAUAAGGAAGGAAUGAUUUUUUAAAUUGAAAUGAUAAGUUCUAAAGAUAUCUCUUAAAUUUCAGUUUAUCCAAAUGAAUAAGAGGUUAUAAUGAUGCCAUUUUCUACUUAUAGAGUAUUAAAUGUUAAAUAGGAUGAUAAUCAACCAAUUAUUGUAUCAAUGAGAGAGAUACCUUUUGCAAAAAAUACUAACAACAUAGUAUUAUGGGUUGAUGAUAAUCCAUAGAACAAUUAUUAAAUUGCAAAAAAAUGUGAAACCUAAAAUAAUAAAUUAUCUAUAAUUUUUUGCACCUCCACAAAUGAUGCAAUAUAAAUGAUCAACUCUCACAAAUGGUUAUUAUUAUUAAAAAAAUCUUAGUUAAGGAUUAUUACUGAUAUGGUAAGAAUUGAAAAUUUUAUUAUUAAUUAUACUGCUGGAGUUGAUUUGCUGAAUCUUUUACAUAAAGAGCUAAACUAUAAUGGAGAAGUAUUGAUAUUUACAUAAGAUGAAAAGUAGGCAAUUAAAAAUUUAAAAUAAACUAGCUAUCAUAAUUACUAGGUAACUAGGAAUUAAAGUGUUCUUGAGAAUUUUAUCAGAUUUGAAUGA